AUGUUGCCGCACAGUGGCAUCCUGCAGAGAGCUGGCUUACUGCCUUUUCAUUGUCAGAUUGUCAAUUCGAUCGUUCCCAGACACGAUGACAGCCCAGACGAGGGCGAUGCUCUCGUCAUCGUUGCACGAGGCCUCGGACUUCGCAGGAUCGUCAGUACGAUCUUGCGCAUCUAUGACUCACCGAAUAGUCUCGUGAUCCUGGUGAACGCUACGUCAGAGGAAGAGAGUGGAAUCGGGGAAGAGCUCACAACGCUUGGUGUUCGAAAACCGGGACUUCGAGCCAUCCAUCACGAGAUGCCAGCUAAGCAGAGGUCGGAGAUGUAUCUUUCUGGAGGUCUCAUGAGCAUCACAUCACGAAUUCUUGUAGUAGAUAUGCUCAACAAAAGAAUUCCGACAGGACUCAUCACUGGACUUGUUGUUCUCCACGCCGAAAAAGUCACUCCAACGUCGGUCGAAGCUUUCAUUGCAAGGAUCUAUCGUCAAGAGAACAAGGAGGGCUUCCUCAAGGCUUUCUCGGAUUAUCCAGAGCAUUUCACUAUGGGAAUAAGCCCUUUACAGACGGUGCUAAGCCAGCUUCGCAUCAGAAGGGUGGAACUUUGGCCGCGAUUUCACCAACAGACGAGUAAAGACCUAGGUCAACGUAAGGCAGAUGUGAUCGAGCUUCAUCAGCCAUUGAGUCGAUCGAUGCGUAACAUUCAAACGGCGAUCAUAGAAUGUCUUGAAGCGUCCUUAUCGGAGCUCAAACGAGGAAACGCGAAUGUCGAGACAGAUGACUUUUCUAUCGAGCAUGCCAUUUUCCGGGCUUUCGACGUUGUCGUCCGAAGGCAGCUGGAUCCUAUCUGGCAUCAAGUCAGCGCUAAGACAAAGCAGCUUGUCGGGGAUCUGACGACGCUUCGUAAUCUGCUCAACUAUCUACUGACGUACGACUCUGUGACGUUCAACUCUUAUCUCGAAACGAUCCUGGCGUCCAGCACAACAACUUCCAAGGGCACCACCCGUCAGAACCAAUCUUCAUGGCUCUUUAUGGACGCGGCAAACAUCAUCUUCCACGAGGCGAAACGACGAGUUUACAUUUGGGAUGAAUCUCGUCCUCAGCAACCGCGAAUCGAAGACUCAGAAUAUCCAGAUGAUGAGGAGGCGCUUCGGGAAGCAGAGGGAAGCCGAGAACCCUUCAAACCAGCCCAUCACGGGCCAAUUCCACCAGAAGUCGAGUCUGUGCUGGAGGAGAACCCAAAAUGGCAACUGCUGCAAGAGGUGCUAGACGAAGUAGAGCAAGAGAUUCACUUCAACGUUGCUGCAUCCGAUUCGGGGGCAGGGAAUACUAUUCUGAUCAUGUGCGGCUCCGAGAGAACCAGCACGCAACUGCGACAGAUCAUUUCCUCGAUGGACGAAUGUCCGCCUGGAGCACCAGGGAAAAAGCUGAUGCAAAAACUUUUGCGGUCAUACUUCCUAUGGAAGGGUGGUCUGGGCAAGUUGAACGCUGAACGAAAGGACGGACAAGGAAGUGGCGAAUCUCGAGCUCUCCAGAAUGCAGUUGACGGAUCUUUGCCGAAAGCUGGUCCUAUCAACGAGGCCUUGAAGCGAAAAGCGGCCUAUGAAAGGGGGCAACAAACCUCUGCCAUGAAAAGGCGGCGUCAGCGCGGUGGAUCUUCUGCGCAAAGUGCAAGUGGAAGGUUCAACAGUGCGACGAAUGCGGCAGGGCAGGCCAGCUUCCAGGCCGAGGCAGCACAAGUUUCCAAAUUUAUUGCAUCUGCGGCAAACGGCAACGAGGACGGAUCUCACACGCUUGAAGCUCCGCUUGAUGCCGAGCAGAUCUCCGACGAAAUCGACGAGGUUGAAUUUGAUGCAUUCUUCGGAAUGCUCAGCAUGGAAAAUCUGGUGGUAGUACGUUCGUAUCGCGGCGACCAAGACGACAAGGUCCUCCAGGAGCUUCGACCUCGUUUUGUGAUCAUGUAUGAUCCUGAUCCGGCCUUCGUGCGGAGGGUUGAAGUGUACCGAAGCACGAACCAAGGCGUCGGCGUACGAGUGUACUUCAUGAUCUACUCCGAUUCUGUCGAGGAGCAGAGAUACCUCAGCGCACUUCGGAGGGAGAAGGAGUCUUUCGAGAGGCUCAUUCGAGAGAAGUCGAUGAUGGCUUUGCCACUCUCCGCGGAUGGCCGACCGAUUGCUGAAGACGCCGACCAACGAUUCCUUCGAACCAUCAGCAGCCGUGUGGCAGGGGGACAAAGGUCAGCGACUGCCGAGCCCCCUCGCAUCAUUGUUGAUAUGCGAGAGUUCAGGUCUAGCUUGCCAUCCAUGCUGCACGCUGCUGACAUUCAGGUCGUGCCCUGCACUCUACAAGUUGGUGAUUACGUCUUAACACCGACUAUGUGUGUCGAGCGCAAAAGUCUUACAGACUUGGUGCAGAGUUUCAACUCGGGUCGACUAUACGCGCAGUGCGAACUUAUGUGUGUUCACUACCAGCAUCCGAUCUUACUGAUCGAGUUCGAUCAAGAUAAAUCAUUCUCGCUGAAGUCGACCAAUGAUGGGAAAGCUACCGGGCGAAACAGUGGCACGGAGCUUGACGUCCAGGCCAAGCUUGUUUUGCUGACCUUGGCAUUUCCGAGACUGCGCAUCAUCUGGUCAAGUUCCCCCUUCGCCACUUCCGACAUCUUUGCUGAUCUGAAGCAAAACUUUGACGAGCCGGAUGCUGCCAAGGUAGCACUGGUGGGUCUGGACGACAUUCUGGAAGCAGAGGGCGGCAUUACCAGUGAGACAACGAAACGCGCCGAUUGGCAGUCGUCGAGCGAGCACUCCUUCAAUCUUGGCCCGCAAGACCUUCUUCGAGCUCUACCCGGUGUUACCACUAAAAACUUCCGAUACAUCAUGAGUCAGGUACGGGACAUUUCAGAUCUCUGCAAUAUGACGCAGGAGGAGCUCGGUGAGCUCAUUGGCGUCGAACCAGCUCGGCAGCUAACACGGUUCAUCGAAAGAGGGCUAUAA